CCCUUCCAACAAGUUAACAGCCACUCACUUCCAAAAAGGAAAGGGUUUUUUCAGUUAUUAUUUUUAUUUUCCUUACAUUCUUCACACUAUCCCCUUUCACCACAAAACCCUAAACCCGCAUUCUCCAAUCCAAUUCAACCCCUCCCUUCCCAUGUUCUUCUCCUUCUCCUUGCACCCGAAUUCAACAAUCUCUUCCGAUGUGACACCGCAAGAACUCAGAGCACGGCCACUUGUUCCGCAAGAAGAAGAAGUAGUUGAAGCGCUGUGAUUCGUUUGAUUUUAAGGGUAGCGACUAGCGAGUGAGAAUGGAAGCGCGUGUGGGGAUGGUGGUGGAAGGGGGCCAGAGAACCCUCAACGCCGACAGCGGUGGUGCCGCGAAAUUCCUGGUGGCGCAGAACAACCGCCAGCUCGGGACGGUUCACCAGCUUCUGGCCGGCGGCAUCUCCGGCGCGUUUAGCAAAACCUGCACUGCUCCCCUUGCGCGCCUCACUAUCCUCUUUCAGGUGCAAGGUAUGCAUUCUGAUGUGGCAGCAUUGAGCAACCCUAGCAUAUUGCGUGAGGCAUCACGUAUUAUCAACGAAGAAGGGUUUAGAGCAUUUUGGAAAGGCAAUAUGGUGACUAUUGCUCAUCGUCUCCCAUAUACUGCAGUCAACUUCUAUGCUUAUGAGCGCUACAAGAAUGUAUUACAUUCACUGAUGGGGGAGAAUGUUAGUGGAAAUUCAGGUGCAAACCUCCUUGUGCACUUUGUGGGUGGUGGUUUGUCAGGUAUAACAUCUGCUUCUGCCACCUAUCCUUUGGAUCUUGUGAGAACACGACUUGCAGCACAGAGAAGUACCAUGUACUACAGGGGCAUCUCACAUGCUUUCAGUACCAUCUGUAGAGACGAAGGUUUUUUGGGUCUGUAUAAGGGACUUGGAGCAACAUUGUUGGGUGUUGGGCCCAGUAUUGCUAUUAGUUUUGCUGUUUAUGAGUGGUUACGCUCUGUAUGGCAGUCACAAAGGCCUGAUGAUUCUAAAGCUGUGGUUGGUCUUGCUUGUGGCAGCCUUUCAGGAAUUGCAUCCUCAACAGCAACAUUUCCUUUGGAUCUUGUAAGGCGUAGAAUGCAGUUAGAAGGUGUUGGUGGUCGAGCUCGUGUCUAUAACACUGGCUUGUUUGGGGCAUUUGGGCGCAUAAUUCAAACUGAAGGGGUGCGAGGUUUGUACAGAGGAAUUCUGCCGGAAUACUACAAGGUUGUUCCCGGCGUGGGCAUUGUCUUUAUGACUUAUGAAACAUUGAAGAUGCUUCUAUCAAGCAUUUCAAGUUAUUAGCAUACUCAAUUGCCAAAUGUGCGCCAUUUAUGACGCUUGUGGGUUAAGUUAAUUGAAAAGUACAAUUUCUGGGGAAUUUGAUCUUUUAGAAAAUGGUAUUCUAAUAUCAUGGUUAACAUUUUCUAGGAAGUUUUGUUGAGGUGAUUUUUGCUGUUAUUGCCAGCAUUUUUGUUCCGUAUAGGUAUAAUUUGAGUGACAGCAAUUGUAACAACUUCGAAUAUUAGGUUGAAACCAUUAUGUAGUUGAUGAUUUUGUCAACAAAGCAGUUUUGUUUUAAUGGUACAA